AUGGAACUACAGCAUAAAGUUUAUCAAUACAAGUACUGGGUGUUACAUUUUGUAUAUAGAACUUCUAAAACACAUUUUCUCCUGCAGGUAAAUCAAUUGCUGCAAGUUGCACAGAAAUGCCAAAGCACAAUUUCUGAAAGUGGACCCGAUGGCGUUUCUCAGCCUGAUUUACAGGCAAACAGUGUUAUGGUUGUAACAGCUGGCCGUCAGCUUGCUAAGAGUUUGGAGCUACAAUCACUUAAUGAUUUGGGAUUUUCCAAAAGAUAUGUUCGGUGCCUUCAGAUUGCUGAGGUUGUCAAUAGCAUGAAAAGCCUGAUGGAUUUCUGUAGAGAUCAAAAAGUUGGGCCGAUUGGUAAUUAUUGUGUUCCUACUGUUUUCACUUCAUCAGUUUCAGGGUUGCAGAAUGUACCAGCUACUGGCUUCUCGAAUUCCCAUGUGGCACAGCUGCAGCAGCAGCAGCAGCAGCAUGUGCUGCAGCGUUCAUUAAGUGGUAAUGGUUUACUACUGCAAAAUCAGCCACAGCCCUCUCACGGGACCCAAAUAUCUCAACAGCAAACGAUCCAGCAAUUGAUGCAGGAUGUGAACAGCAAUGGCGGGGGCGGGGUUCAACAGCAGUCCCUUUUGAUGCAGAGUGGAGGUCGGGAUGGACUUGGUUUUAGAAACAGCCCUUCAGCAGCAACUACUUCGUCUGCAAAUGGACAAGGCAAUGUUGUUGGACACCCACCGAGCAGAAGCAAUAGUUUCAAGUCUGCUUCAAAUAAUUUCUCAUUUAGCCAAAAAGUAUCAGAUUUGCCACAGAAUCUUCAUUUAUCGGAGGAAAUGGUACAAGACAUUGCCCAUGAGUCCACGGAAAACGGGUUUUUUAACAGUGAACUCGAUGACAGCAUGAACUAUGUGUGGAAGUAACGUAGUUUGCUCUGUUGCUAGCUUCUGGGGUCGGAACCUGACAUAUUACUUUUGUACAGAUGUUGGGUUAUUUAAUCAUUUUUUCUGUUUCUUCGCCUCGACUAUGUUUUAGCUGCUUGUGUUUGCACUUUGAUGUCUGUUUUACAAUCUUAAUCUUCUGGACUUUUCCCUGUCAAAACUUCUUGCAAGUGUAAUCCACCGUCAUGAAUUUAAGGACGUUGCAAAUUGGUUUUAAUAUGAUAUUUGCAUCUUUCUUGAA